AUGUUCGCAGUAUAUUUUCAUGGGCAGUAUGAAGGUUCUGAUGGUCUAAUAGACAAAUUUGACGAAAUGAGAAUCUUUACAGUUCGUUCAGACGAAAGUCUUGAGAAAACUCUAGAUGACUUUCAAACUCAAAUGAACAAAUAUUAUUGGGAAUUUCAAGAAAAAUACGACUCUUUACUAAAUGGAACAUACUAUCUGAAACUAGAAUAUGACAAGAUGAACUCCACCGUUUCAUUUCAAAAGAUUGAAAUUAACCCUCCAAGAGAUACAGAGUUUUUAUUUUGGGAAGUAGACAAACGUUCUUGGGCACAAUUUCUUCGGUUACUAAACCAGAACGAACCAUUACCACCAGAUGGUCCAUUUAAAUUUAUACUUCCACCAGCAGAUUUGAUGGUUUAUAGAAACGUGUUUGACCCUCAAAAUGUUAUGUGUCAUGCAAGUUUCAGUUCAAGCAACAAUAGUUUUCUAUGUAUUGGUAAGGACUUUAUGACUUUGCUUCUAAAUUCUACGAACCAUCUAGUAACAGUUUCUCUGACUUUCAAGUUUGGUUCACAACAAAUGGUGUGCAACAUAUUAUUCCAUUGUACUAUGACUUUUAUCUCGAAUUGUCUUUCAUAUAUAACUACGGAAA